AUGUCCGCGCCCAACCGUCUUCCAGGGGUCUACAUUGGGGCGGUGAACGAGCUAGCAGUACUUUCCGACGACGAACUCCUACCACUCCAUUCAGUCUCUACGGGUCCAGUUCGGGAUUCUCCCCUGUGCAGUGUCGACGGGAGCAGUUGUCUGAAAGAUGCGGUACUUCGUGAUACCGACAAUUACAACAAAGUUCUACAAGUUCUCCCCAAUGCUGUACUUCACUGUGGUUCUGUCAGGCAAGGGGCCUGCUCCUUUUAUUCGCUCCAAAAUCUAUCGCUCACAUCAUCUGGGGACGUUCCGGUCGCUGCAAUCUCUCCAACAGCAUCAUGUGUCUCUUUGAGGCUCUCACCAUUACUCCUAGCCAUAGCUGUAUCCCAUUCGGGUGACUCACCGUACAGAGAUCCGUUCCCGGCCGUGGCGCUACGUGAACUUCCCGGAUUGUCCGUGGUGAAUGCAGGUAGUCUGGAGGGUGAAGCAGCUGUGUUUCUUAGAGCAGAACUUCGUUCAUCGUUUCCUGUUCGGUACUUGAGUAUAUUCCACUAUCAACACUACGUAUUCAUUGCCGCCGUACAGGCUCGGGACAGCCGGCAAAGCCGAGCUACUCCAAAAGUCGCCAAACUGCUCAGAUUCUGUGAUAAUGAUACUCGGUAA